AUUGGAUAGUAGACGUCUGUGCCUUGCUCCCAGGUGCAAAGUCGAGCUACCAUUAUUUCCGACUUUGAGAAGAUUACCACCGCCCGAAAGCAGAAACACUUAACGGUUAACAAAAUUACUCGGGAAGUCAGUCUAGAUAUACUGGCAACACCUACCUCGUCAAUACCGUGUCGCGCAUCAGUUAUCCAAAAAUUUUCUACAGUUAAGUGGGAAUGAUAGUGAUAGAUUAUAAAGCCCAAGAUAAAAACCCAAGGAGAGGAUAAAUCGUAUCAACAAAGGAAGACGAUUUAGCCGAGGAAAUCAAACACCGCUGAUAUAGCAAACGACGCAAAAAUAUCGCAAACGAUCCUUAGUCAGGAUGUCGGAGUGUGACACCGUUACAGCCAAGUACAAGCUCGUCGACUAUAACGUUCCGACGGCAGGCCGACUUGCGGCUUUACUCUUUACCUAUAAGGGCAUAGCCUUUGAGUACAUCCAGGUAGAUAAGAUGAAAGCUCACGAACACGAAACUGCGUCUCCAUUUGGCACUCUGCCAGUUUUGUACGUUAACGACGAAAUACUCGCUACGGACUACGCAAUAUGCAUGUACAUCGCCCGAGUGCACGGUUUGGAAGGUGCCGAUGCAAACGACGCUGCUCGUUGCGCUACUAUCGUGACCGGAAUCGCGGCACUCUUUUCCACGAAACUGUUAACUGGCAAAGACAUUCGAGAUAAGCUGCCUAAAUACCUUCGUAGCUUUGACAAACUUUUGCGUCAAGUCAAUACUGGGUAUUUCGUCGGAGAGCAGAUUACGUGGGCUGAUUUAGCCGUAGCAUUUUCCUGUCAUCAGAUCCAGGCGCGAUCAGCUGGUGCCCUUGAUAGACAUCCCUCUUUAGGAGAUCAUUACUUGAAUAUGUACUCAAUCCCAGCCGUCAAGAAUUUCCUUGAGGAAACAUGCCCAUCUGAAUAACAUCGCCACGGUUUCUCAGGCGAUCCCCCAAAAUUGUUUAGGGGAUAUCUAGCAUUACGGUACUGCGUGUCGCUUGACCAGCUCAUCGAGUAGGCAGAAUAUAUGUCUACUUAUUGCAACGCAGCACAGAUAGAACACUUGAGAGACAUUAAAUGUCGUCUCGCUCCCUGUAGCAUUAAUGGGAACGACAAGAUGCAAAACGUAUCUUGGGCUAGGAUCUUCCACAUGGGCUAAAACGCUUCAUAAGCCCUAAACCAUUAUCUAACCCCUGGACCAUAGCACUACAAGGACACUAUUUAGUACAAUUGGAUUGUUAAACACCUUGGCAAAAUCUACCUACCGAUUGAAUCAGCCAACCUUUUUGACGCACGCACUUCGCGUUCAAAUCUCUAAGUAGACGAGUGAAUUUACAGUGAUUCUGCUUGGAUAAUUUUGCUGUUUCUCAACUUGUAAGCUGCGUUAGAGAAACUUACGUACAGUUUUACGACAAUUAAGUUAACGAGAAGACGAAGGAGCUAAGCGGCAAGCUUUCCUAAGAAUAUGUCUUUCCUAAGACAUAUUGAAUGUUAGUAGAUAAAGUAACGAGUACAGGAAUGAUAUGAAGGGUGAAGGAAUUUAGUUACUUCGAAACACUUCCGGUGGUAAGCGACGGUACUGCGUAUGUCAGAUUUAGACAGCUAAAUCUGAUCUUUCGCACAGUUAGAGUGGGGGACGCUCUGUUUGCAAACCAACGUGCAACUAGAGCAGUUUCCGAAUAACUUACGUUGUCUAAAGUCAACCAGAGGCCACUACGUCGGUCAAACUAUGAUUUUAUGUAAGCAUACCCCCGACGAGAUUACUACGGUCCCGCCUUUUCGUUGAAACUUUCUUGUUUCCUCUUACACUAACUUACUGCGCGUUUUUCGUCUUGCCGUUGGAUUUAAUUCAUUUUUCACUCGCUCACAUAGACAUACUCUACAAAUUUUCGAUGCUGCUAGGAUCGAUUAACAGUACUAGUGAAGCUGAAGCUUAAUAUGAACCUUCAAAUGAAACCUGUAGAUGAAAAGGGAUAAAAUGAGUCAAGUGAAGCUUUACCACAUCUAGCACAGUUGUAACACUGAUUACGACAUCGAUGACAGAACAGAACAGCAGCUUAAAAUGCGAACGAACCUCUCCAAUGACGAAGUCACCAGACCGCCUUUUUCCAGAGCGGCUUUUUAUUUCGUGCUAUAUUGAUAUCGUUACGAAUAUCGUUAUCUGUAAACGUGACGGGCCACACGGAAUAGGCACUGUCAUCUACGACAAUUGAAAUCAUCCGUCUGCAUGGAUCGUUAUUUCUAUUUAUAGUUAAAGUCUCAGCUUAGCAGUAAUAACAAACAGCUAACCAUCAGACCCGAGGGGUUUAGGUAUCGAAGGUAAUGCUCAAUGGUAAUUUACGACGAUUCCGGAAGCUACAAGCCGAACUUUUAGCAAAAAGCUUUAACGCUGCUCAACGACAGUCGCAGGAAUAACGACUAUACGCGCUAACAGAAAGAAAGCUGUCGUUGCGCUUCUAUAGAAAACUAAACAAUAUACUGAUUAUAUUGAUAACGAAUAAUAUUACAAACAUGAUCAUCGUCAUCAUUGGCCUUCGGAUAGUGGCAUUCACGUUCAGAGCAACCAAUUCAAACUCUAUUUGAAUAGCGAUCUGUUGAAAAACACAAGCGGAAGCUCUAAGCUUGAGCCGCACAAAAGCGAACAUGCCAAAUACACGCCCAGCCCUUAGUAGGAACAUCCCUUUUUCUUCCCAGUUUCCCUGCUUCAGGCUCGGCUUGGGUUCUUUCCAUUUCUCUCUAGAUGUCGAAGACCGUUAGAAAGCCACGCGUCGUUUGGAGCAAGCAUCCUUAUAUUUACGAUACACAAAUGCCGCCCCUCUUUACCACCGAGAGGUCAGCUAUUUUACUCAACACUAUAAAAGAAUCACCGAUAACGCAAAAUGGCAAUAAGUAAAGAGUACAGCUCUCGACUACAGACACAACGGCAACAGCAGCAGCAGCAAGCCAAUGACCUGACAUUAGCAGCAACCCAAACCUUAGUUACAGUUUCUACCAGUAUUGCUACAUGUGCGAUUGCACUACAGCGGGUACUACCAUAAGACACUGACAAGAGCAGCGGUAGCGAUACAUAAAAAAUAAUGUUAAUCAGAAAAAGCUACCGCUCUUAUCAGCUAGAAAAUCACAAAUCGCAUUAUUUUCUGUCGAUGGCCGCAGACAAUGGAAGUAAUGUUAACCGCUGUUAAUCUUCAUAGCUAAAUACUGUUCACAAACAGAAGUUAGGCCGGGAAACAACGUAAACAACAUCGAUCACGAGUCUGCUGAAAGACAAAAGGUUCUGGUAGUAAUAACCAGCGGUAAUCAUCGAACCCAUAGAGCAAAAGUUAGUCCAAUUGGGAGCGUUGUUUAUAACGGGGCGUUGCAGACAAAGGCGAUCGAUUCGUAACAAAGAGAAGACGCUUCGCCGAGUGAACUAUAAGCUUCAGUUGGUUGUUUGGAAGAAACUCAGUCCAUGUAUCCCUGUUUCGUACCUAUGACUGGUAAAUACAUUGAUCCUUUCUUGAAGGACUGAAGGAGAUUUCAACACUUCAACCCAUAACGAAGGUACACACGCGAUUUUGAUCCAAAUACUAUGUUGUUGUUGUUGUUGUUGACUAUAUUGUUGUUACAAGAAGAUUUAGCGCUGUGCUAGCGGCACGUAUUGGUUUAAAAGAUUGAUGAAAUAGCCCGCCUGUUACUUAUCGUUGCCAGAAAUGCUCUGCUACGCUGCUAAUUAUUAAACUAGCUUGCCAAGCUAAAGGAGGUACUCGGAAAAGAGUAUCGAAGCCCAUUCUUCCGCUGGGUUAAGAACUAGACAUUACCCAUUAUCGGAGAAAUGUACCGUUGGCAACGUGCGGGAGAAAAACAGUGCACGCUAAAAAGGUAAAAAUAACCGAUAAUUACUAUGUGUGUUUUAUAUAGGCACCGUAAUAUCAUCUAUCCUUAGAGCUGGGAUCAAGCCAAAAGCAGGGGGGUCGAAAGCAGGGGGGUCGAAAGCGAACAACUGCUUUAAUGCAUGCACCAAGUUCUACUAGCAGCGGACUCGUCACCAUUUCGCAAUGCCAAAAUAAAUCCUUUUAGAAUAUAAAGUAUAUCAAAUCGUCACUAGACAUGGACACAGAAAGAAUGCAAACUUAAUCUGAACAUUAAGCGUGAACUUGUGCUGUGAAUCCGUUAACGGUGAUAUCCGUACUGUAACUUCGAAUACGUAUAAAC